AUGACUUCCAGAGAAGAGAAUACAAAGAAUACAGGCAGAGUGCUAAGAAUAAGUCAGCUGGAUGCACUUGAACUAAACAAGGCCCUGGAGCAACUAGUUUGGUCCCAGUUUACUCAGUGUUUUCAUGGAUUUAAACCUGGGCUGUUAGCCCGCUUUGAACCUGAGGUAAAAGCAUUUUUGUGGAUUUUCCUGUGGAGAUUCACUGUCUACUCAAAAAAUGCCACUGUGGGUCAGUCCGUUUUGAAUAUUCAGUACAAAAAUGAUUUUUCUCCAAACCUGUGAUACCAGCCACCCACUAAAAAUCAAAAGCUAUGGUAUGCCAUUUGUACUAUUGGUGGGAAGUGGUUAGAAGAAUGAUGCUAUGAUUUGUUUCGAAACCAUCAUUUAGCAUCAUUCUUAAAAGUCAAACAGUGUGUGAAUAUUGUGGUUGGACUUUUGAAAUUAGGUGAGUUGAUUAAUUUUUUUAUUUUUCUUCAAAGAGGGAAGUUUGCAACUUUGACAGAACGUCUCCUAGGCAUUCAUUCUGUAUUUUGCAAGCCCCAAAAUAGGCGUGAAAUUGGCUUUGAGUACAUGAAUAGAGAACUUCUCUGGCAUGGUUUUGCUGAGUUUCUGAUUUUUCUCUUACCACUUAUUAAUGUCCAAAAGUUGAAAGCUAAGUUAUCUUUAUGGUGUAUUCCUUUUACUGGUGCUCCUAAUAGUGACAAUACUUUGGCUACCGGUGGCAAAGAAUGUUCUUUAUGUGGAGAGUGGCCUAUCAUGCCUCAUACUAUAGGAUGUGAACAUAUCUUCUGUUACUACUGUAUUAAGAGUAGUUUCUUAUUUGACAUGUAUUUUACUUGUCCUAAGUGUGGUACAGAGGUGCACAGUUUGCAGCCUCUAAAAUCAGGAAUUGAAAUGUCAGAAGUGAAUGCUAUUUAG